UCUUUAUAUAUUUAUCAUUAUGAGAUACUCAGAUCUACCAUUUGAAAUUCUUACAAAAAUUGCUGAUAAUCUGUCGAAGCGGGCCAAGCUUUCUUGUGCCCUUACGUGUAAAGGAUGGAGAUAUGCAUUUCAAAAGGCUUUAUGCAGAGAUAAGCGAUUUGUAUCCUACGACGACGCCCUAACGCUUACCAAAAUCAUAAAAGGUUCCAAAAAUGUGCCCACAUUACACAGCAUUUGGGUUCACAGUCUGCACAUAUCCUAGUAUUUCUCUGUGACACAAUUAUUAGAUACAGAAUUUUGUGAUUUAUUAAGAUGUCUGCCAAACUUGCAGUGCCUCGACGUACCUAUUAUAUUCGGUGAAUAUACUUACACAAAGUUAUUAAGAUCAAGCGACUCAAUGAGGUAUACAAGAUGUCUGAGAGAUCCUCACAAAGAAAUUAAUGGGCUACAGCCAGCAAAAAUCCCACUCGAUAUUAAGAAAAGAAUAUCAGACAACGUAUGGAAGUCUCUAAGAAGUUUACGAAUUUGUUGCAAAGAAACUACUUGUAUUAUAUCUCAGCCCUGACUUUUCGACAACACUGGACACAAUUCCAAAUACGACACAGGCGUUUGCCGUGACAUCUCUAUAUAUUAAUACGAGUCGGUACGAAGAU